GUCCACCAACUGGUUCCUGAAGAAGGCCAGAUUCGCAAUUGCUCUCACUGCACGUUUCUUCUGAUCUUGAGGCGCGCUCACGAUCUUUUGUUUUCAACCCACUAUUACACAACUAAGACUUUCUCAAGAUGAGUCUGCAGCCACCCUCGCUCUCCAUGAGGCCCAAGUCUCCCUCUGGAGGCUCUACCAAGGCCGUCAUUCUGGUCGGAGGCCCUUCUCGAGGCACGCGGUUUAGGCCUCUGUCUAUGGAACUGCCCAAGCCGCUCUUCCCCGUCGCCGGUCACCCCAUAAUCGAGCACUGCUUCCGCGCCAUCACCAACGUCCCCGAGAUCAAGGAAGUCUUUAUCGUCGGCUACUAUGAGGAAUCCGUCUUCCAGCCCUUCAUCAACGCCGUCUCGACCAGCUGGCCACACCUGAGCGUCAAGUACCUCCGCGAAUACCAGGCAUUGGGCACGGCUGGAGGUCUCUACCACUUCCGCGACGUCAUAUUGAAGGGCAAGCCAGAGAAGCUGUUUGUUCUGAACGCAGAUGUCUGCUCUUCCUUCCCGCUGGUGGAGAUGCUCAAGCUCUUCAACGAUAAGGACGCCGAGGCGGUAAUGCUGGGCACGAGGGUCGCAAACGAGGCCGCGUCCAACUUUGGUUGCAUUGUCUCAGAUGCGCACACAAAGCGCGUGCUUCACUACGUCGAGAAGCCCGAGUCGCACAUCUCCAACCUCAUCAACUGCGGAAUCUACCUCUUCGCGACCGAGUGCAUCUUCCCCGCCAUUCGCAGCGCCAUCAAGCGACGGACCGAGCGCCCACGGCUGCUGUCGUACCCCUCCUCCGAGAACCUCGAAUCUUCCUUCUACCAAAACGAAGACGACGACGAUAACAAGGAGAAUGCUGUCAUUCGCCUGGAGCAGGAUGUACUGUCCGACAUUGCCGACAGCAGGCAGUUCUUCGUCCUUGAGACCAAGGACUUUUGGCGCCAGAUCAAGACCGCUGGUUCGGCCGUCCCAGCCAACGCCCUGUACCUCCUGAAGGCAUUCCAGGCGGGAUCGGAGGAGCUCGCGGCCCCCUCCGCAAACAUUCUGCCUCCAGUCUACAUUCACCCCUCCGCCCAGAUCGACCCAACUGCCAAGAUCGGACCCAACGUCUCUAUUGGCCCUCGUGUCGUCAUUGGAGCUGGUGCGCGUGUCAAAGAGUCCAUCGUUCUCGAAGACUCUGAGAUCAAGCACGAUGCAUGUGUUUUGUACACCAUCAUUGGUUGGUCCAGCAAGAUUGGUGCCUGGGCCCGUGUUGAGGGCACACCAACUCCCGUUACUAGCCACACCACCAGCGUCAUCAAGAACGGCGUCAAGGUCCAAAGCAUUACCAUUCUCGGCAAGGAUUGCGCCGUGGCAGAUGAAGUUCGCGUGCAAAACUGUGUUUGCUUGCCAUACAAGGAACUGAAGAGGGACGUGUCCAACGAGGUCAUAAUGUAAAGGCCUUGUGAGUUAGUAUUGGGUGAUGUUGCAUCAUAU